AUGUCAUCACUGGUGAAGGAGGACCUCAACAAGAAGCUGUUCAAAACCCUUGGGCAAAGCUUGCAUGAGUUCAUUGAAGUUGAAUGUACAGGCCAGGAUCGCUUCUACCUCUGUGCCUCAGUGACAAAAGGUGAAGAAGUACAAAUAUCUAUGGUGAAACACUUUAGAAUAGGCCUUGAUGAGAACUACGAAAUAUCUGAAAAAUGGUUUCUUGAUGAUUUGGAGAUGAUUGAUGGAAAAGAGGCUGAUGCUGAUAAUCCAUGGUUUGAUAUGCAUUUCAAGAAAGUCUACAGUUGGGAAGCUUACAGCUGUGCAUCUAAAUAUGCCUUCGCACGAACACUAAAUAAGUUGAAUGAGAUGUACCUCCAGAAGGACUUGAAGAUUGUGAACUUUGAUUUCACUUACAUCAAUGAAGAGGCACUCUGGUCAUCCAGCAAUGGGGACUGUGUUGUACUUAUGAGGAUAUGCUUCUAUGCAUCCAACCUUUUGUGUCUGUCUCUGUGCCCUCUGCCAGGCUGACUGUUAUUAUUUUCUCCAGAUUUCGAUAAAAUUUAGA